AUGCCCAUAUUUCCUAUGAAACGAGCUCGCAGUACGGAUGCCGUAGGAAUAUCAAACUACAAGCGCCAACGAUUAAUAGAGGAUUUGCAGAAUUUGAGGAUAUCUGAAAAUGCCACUACCACUAAAGUUAUUUCAGAUAAGUCGAUAAACGAUAAAGUCUGGAAAGCUAUCAGUGGGCGAAGGUCAAUGGACAGCGAUGUCUAUGAUGACAUCUGGGACACUUUCCGCAGUAGAAACUUACAGGUUAUCAAGUGGUACGAUAGCGCGAAAUUGCUUUAUUUAUCGUGGCUCGCCUGGUACCAGGUGCAACAUGGAGAAUUAGGAUCGGGUGUUAUCCAUCAAGCCCCCCUUCAAGGACAAGAACAUGAAGACUACCGUGGUUAUGGCUACGAACCUAUGCUCAUAGAUAAUUGA